CCGCGUCUUCUUCCUCGAUAAUUCCGGCAAAAAGAUUUCCCCCUGGCAUGAUAUUCCACUGCACUUGGGUGAUGGUGUAUUCAAUUUCAUCGUGGAGAUUCCAAAGGAAUCUAGUGCAAAGAUGGAAGUUGCUACAGAUGAAGUGUAUACCCCCAUUAAGCAAGAUACAAAGAAGGGAAAACUCCGAUGCUACCCAUACAACAUCAACUGGAACUAUGGAUUGCUUCCACAAACAUGGGAAGAUCCUUCACUUGCAAAUGCUGAAGUUGAGGGGGCAUUUGGAGAUAAUGAUCCAGUUGAUGUUGUUGAGAUUGGGGAUAGCCAAGGAAAAAUUGGGCAAGUCAUGAAAGUGAAGCCCUUGGCUGCUUUGGCAAUGAUAGAUGAGGGAGAGCUUGACUGGAAAAUAGUUGCCAUUUCAUUGGAUGAUCCAAGGGCUUCCCUUGUUAAUGAUGUUGAUGAUGUCGAGAAGCAUUUUCCAGGAACUCUCACUGCAAUCAGAGACUGGUUCAGGGACUACAAGAUACCCGAUGGAAAACCUGCCAACAGAUUUGGCCUUGACAACAAGCCAGCAAACAAGGAUUAUGCACUUAAGGUUAUCACUGAGACAAACGAAUCGUGGGCUAAACUUGUGAAAAGAUCCAUUCCUUCUGGUGAACUUUCUCUUGUCUAAAUGAAGCUACAGUGUUUGUGCUGCAUCCCUGGUAAAGCGAUGUACUUCUUUUGCUGGCAAUUUGCCGUUAUUUAUUUUUCUGGUACUGAGAGAUAAAAUAUUUGAGCAAUGGAACUAUUGCUUGUGUAUUGACCUUGGACAAGUUUUUCAUGAAUGAAGAGUCUCUUUCCUUUGCCA